AUGACAGCUAUCGACGGCUUCACCAAGUCACUCGUAGCAAAACUGGAUCCGGAGUGGACCAUCAAGGUGGAGUCGUUCUGCAACAUCCUUAUAGUACAGUCAGUCCUGAUCGCCGCACACAAGGUCAUGGUCAUCGAUCCUGGCAGUUUCUAUACCGACUGCACUGAGCGUAGUAUGCCGAACUUGAAGCUGCCCGGGGAUGAGACAAAAGCGGCGGGAGUGAUCUAA